GAGGGCAGGACAUAGCUGGUUAUAAAGCUAGCUUUGAUAAGAGUGAAACUGCUGUCCAGGCUCCUCACUCGUCAGUCCUACUGUGUGAUCGAGACACUGUCUCAGGACCAUGGAGAGCUCAGGGAUUGUGAUCGGAGUGCUGCUCAUCACUCUGUCUUUCAUCAUGUGCAACGGACAACAUUUACCUGAGAUAUCUGCAGAGGAUUUGCAGAACUCUGAUAUAAACCCUGACAAGGAGAUGGUUGAAGUGUUGGCGGAACUUCUGUCAAAGGUUCAGAACAGAUUUCCAUCAACGGAGAAACGCGCCAUUCCAGCGUGUGCAGUCGGCUCCCGCUGUGCGAUGAGGUUUGGUCCCCGCUUUGGGCAGCUGUGUGAAUGUGGUCGAGGCUACCACUGCAACUCAUACCUGCUAAAGUGCAUCUGAGAAACCCGGAGGAGAGCUGUCUUAAUCUCUCAGCUCGACAUUUUCACAAACACGAUCACUUACGGAGACAUGGAAAUGCAUAUCUUUUAGAAUAAAGCAAUUAGUCAACGUGUAUAUGUCUAUAAGGAUUUUAGCCUCAUUGAGCGAGUAUUCUGAGCUUUAAUAUUUUCGGUAAAUAUUUCUGUUUCUUAACACUUUAUUGAGCCAUGAUAAAAGUAUAUCUAAGCAGCAAAAAAUUUCUUCAAGAAUGUAGAAUGCAUGUGUGUUUUAAUGUUUCAGUAGUGCAGCUAUGUUGUUUUGAGUGUUACAGUACAAUCUUACUCCAUUCAUAGUAUGUAAUGACCCAUACAAUGUAUUAUUUUACACAAUAAACCUAUGCUCUCAUUUAACAAG